CUAAAAAAUAAAGCCAAAAAAUUAUUUCGUCAUUAAAUAAUUAAUAUCUAAUAUUAUCAAAUCAGUUAUACGGAAUGGCACAUCCAAGGAUCCCCAUUUCAACUAUUUGCUUAUUGCUUUGUAUUGUAGGUUUUGUCUCGCAAUCUUGUGAAGCUAGAAAGGUUGUAAUGCCUUACGACGCAAGCAAGGGAUUGUUUCUUAGUGUUUUACCGAAGGGCAAUGUGCCACCUUCGGGUCCAAGCGACAAGGGUCACACUUCUCCGCCUAAGGAUUAUUCCGAUCAAUAUAUGGUUCAGGGAAACUCGCCAGAGAUUUACCGCCAACUAGGAUCGGUUCCUAGCCCCGGCGUUGGUAAUUAGGCACUUAUAUCACCGAGUUAUAUUGUCGAUUUCAUUUCAUAAUAUUAUCAUAUAUUGUAAGUCGUCUAAUGAUUAAUGUUUGUGUGUCUUCAUAAAAUGAUAUG